AUCUUCCUUGUUCCUCGUGAAUAUCGUUACAGAACUUGCAUGAUGACAACAGGUGGUGCAGGAGCAAGCAAUGACAAUUCGCCGAAGAAAAAAGGCUGGCCAAAGGGGCGCAAGCGGAGACUCCUUCCCAAGGAUUCCAAUGCGCCAAAAGGACCUUUGUCAGGUUAUAUGCUGUUCAUGGGUGACCAGCGAGAAAUUAUAAGGCAGACACACCCAGGGUUGGCUUUUCAUGAGAUAACAAAAUUGGUUGCUCAGCGCUGGGCCCAGUUGGAUACAGAGUCAAAAACCAAGUAUUUAGAAGCUGCUGAGGCUGAUAAGGAAAGAUAUCAGAAGGAACUGGAGGAGUAUCAAAAAACUGAUGCCUACAAGAACUUCAUCAUGAAACAGAACAAGGAGGAGACUCCGACGCCCCCUAAGAAGCCGAGGAAGGAGGUGGUGGAGGAGAGGAAGGAAGAGGAAGAAGUCCGGGGCAUGGAAAUAGAGUUCUUCCAGUCAUGGCUCAUGGAUGGUACACUUCACAAGCAUUUAUUGAUAGAAGUAAUGCAAAAAUCCCUUCCUAAAUGCCCACUGAGUCUAAUCACUCUCCAAGAGCUUCGUGCACGUAUGGCGAGUCAUUCCCGUCACUCCGGCCUUCAGCCAAAUUUUUCAUGA